UUGGCAGCCGGCAGGAGGUCAGACAGCUGAGUCUCCCCAUAAAGUCUCCUUGUCCUCUUACCUCCCCAGGGUGCUGACUGGCCCCCAGGUAGGAUGGGAGGUCCUGGGCGUCCAUACUCCCCUCACUUAGAACCACAGCUAGACAGCUGGGGGGCCCUGUUUGUGGGUCCUGGGAUGUGGGCCAUGGAGGUCAGCGCUGUGCUCUGUAAUGGAGCCAUAGAGAGAUGUGUGGGCACACGCGUGUGUGCAUGAAUGUGUGUGUGUCUGUGCUUACAAGUAUGCAUUGGAGGUAUCUGUGGGUGUGUACCUGUGCCAGCUUGUGCCUAAGCACACAGGGGUGCAAGUGACACCCCACAUUGCCUGACCUGUCAAAGCGUGUGCUCUGCUGGGGAGGUCAAUGAACUUGUGACCCCUGGGGUUCACGUCCAUAGUCAGAAAUACCCCAGAUGGACAGGCAGGCGGGUGAAGGGGUGGAAGGGAGGGAGGAGCCCUGGGUGGCUCCUGGGUGCCCCUCCUGUCCCCUCACCUGCCUGACUCCUGUGCUGUGGUCUUGAGAGCAACAUGGCCGAUGUGGUACCAGACCCAGAAGAGGAAGCUUUCCCAGGGACUUGUUUUGUCAUCCCUGGGCUCGAGGAGUUGGGGUUCCUGUGCCGACUGGCUGGCGCCAGAACAGUGUGGGCUGACCUUGGGGAGUCCCUGCCACACUCCCCUGUGUGCCUCCUCCCCCCUCGGACAGGGCGGUAGGAAGUGGGGCAGCCUCCACCUGCUGGGUUCAGUGGGCACCGAAGACCUGGGAGAGGCCCGCGAGGAAGGAGGGUGGUGGCAGGAGCCAGUGGGAAGCCGUGGCCGGGCCUGGCAAGCAGACUCCACUGGGGGCCCCUUCCCUGUCACCUCUCACCGAUGCCACCACAAGCAAAAGCACUGCCCGCCAGUGCUGCCCGGCGGGGGGCUCCCGGCCACGCCGCUGCUCUUCCACCCACACACCAAGGGCUCCCAGAUCCUCAUGGACCUCAGCCACAAGGCCGUCAAGAGGCAGGCCAGCUUCUGCAAUGCCAUCACCUUCAGUAACCGCCCAGUCCUCAUCUAUGAGCAAGUCAGGCUGAAGAUCACCAAGAAGCAGUGCUGCUGGAGCGGGGCGCUGAGGCUGGGCUUCACCAGCAAGGACCCAUCCCGCAUCCACCCUGACUCGCUGCCCAAGUACGCCUGCCCCGACCUGGUGUCCCAGAGUGGCUUCUGGGCCAAGGCGCUGCCCGAGGAGUUUGCCAACGAGGGCAACAUCAUCGCCUUCUGGGUGGACAAGAAGGGCCGUGUCUUUUACCGCAUCAACGACUCAGCUGCCAUGCUCUUCUUCAAUGGGGUCCGCACGGCCGACCCGCUCUGGGCCUUGGUGGACGUCUACGGCCUCACGCGGGGUGUCCAGCUGCUUGACAGCGAGCUGGUGCUCCCAGACUGCCUGCGGCCGCGCUCCUUCACCGCCCUGCGGCGGCCCUCGCUGCGGCGCGAGGCCGACGAGGCGCGCCUCUCCGUGAGCCUGUGCGAUCUCAACGUGCCGGGCGCCAACAGCGACAGCGAGGACGCUCCGCCAGCCGCCGGCUGCCCCAUCCCGCAGAACUCGCUCAACUCACAGCACAGCCGCGCGCUGCCCGCUCAGCUCGACGGCGACCUGCGCUUCCACGCGCUGCGCGCCGGCGCGCACGUCCGCAUCCUGGAUGAGCAGACGGUGGCACGCCUGGAGCAUGGGCGUGAUGAGCGCGCGCUCGUCUUUACCAGCCGGCCCGUGCACGUGGCUGAGACCAUCUUCGUCAAGGUCACGCGCUCAGGUGGUUCCCGGCCAGGAGCACUCUCCCUCGGUGUCACCACGUGCGACCCCAGCACGCUGCGGCCCGCUGACCUGCCCUUCAGCCCCGAGGCCCUGGUGGACCGCAAGGAGUUCUGGGCCGUGUGCCGUGUGCCCGGGCCCCUGCACAGCGGUGACAUCCUGGGCCUAGUGGUCAACGCUGAUGGCGAGCUGCACCUCAGUCACAAUGGGGCCCCGGCAGGCAUGCAGCUGUGCGUGGACGCCUCACAGCCACUCUGGAUGCUCUUCGGCCUGCAUGGGGCCAUCACGCAGAUCCGCAUCCUCGGCUCCACCAUCCUGGCAGAGCGGGGUGUCCCAUCACUUCCCUGCUCCCCUGCCUCCACACCAACGUCGCCCAGCACGCUGGGCAUCCGCCUCUCUGACCCCUUGCUAAGCACGUGCAGCUCUGGACCUCUGGGUAGCUCUGCAGGUGGGACAGCCCCCAACUCCCCGGUGAGCCUGCCCGAGUCGCCAGUGACUCCAGGCGCGGGCCCGUGGAGCGACGAAUGCACCAUCUGCUACGAGCACGCGGUGGACACAGUCAUCUACACGUGUGGCCACAUGUGCCUCUGCUACGCCUGCGGCCUGCGCCUCAAGAAGGCGCUCCACGCCUGCUGCCCCAUCUGCCGCCGCCCCAUCAAAGACAUCAUCAAGACCUACCGCAGCUCCUAGCCCGUCACGGUGCCCGGCCCGCAGGCACAGCUCCAGCUGAGGGGCAAGUCAACAGGGUCCCUUCUCUUCUUCCUCAUUUUGGAAACUCUUCUCCCUUCUCAUUAAACUUGGGAAACUGAGCCCCUAAAGGUGUGGGGAGGAAGUGGGUAUCAGGCAGAGAGGCAGGGCAGAAGCAAAUUGCCUGCUUUCCCCUGCACGCUGAGGGGCUAACCUGGUCCUGGUCCUUCCCCAUCUGGGGUUGAUUCCCAGGAGGUCUCCCUAGCCCAUGUGGCACCUUUGUGAGAAUUGGAAAGUGCAUCCCUUCCUCGGAGCAGAUGUGGCCCUGAGCACGGACAUGUGGCUUGGCUAGUAGAGUGUGGACUUUGUCGUCAGCCUCCGUUUUCUCCCUUAGCCAACUGCCCUUGAGCAGUGCACAACCUGCUCAACAGCUGCCCUAGGCAGGCAGCUCCCAAGCUGCUGCCUUACUGUCUGACCUCUACCUACCUUCUCUUUCCUUUCUUCCCUGCCCUUUGGGUCUGGCAGCCAGGGGUAAGAAGGCCAGUGGGUACCUCUCAUCCUGGGCAGGUUGCAGCAUCCAUACUGUAUGUCUCCCAUUUACCUGGGAUGGAUGUACAAACAGGCACAGAAGCCUCCAGGUUCUGGGUCCCUAGCCCUCGGCCUGGUUGAGAUGGGGAGGGCCCUUUCCUGGUCAUAGCCUUUCUGCCCAAUGGUGUCGCUGGAUGCUGCUGCCCUGGGGCCACCCCGGGUAUGGGCUGGAAAGCAGGGUCUGCCCUCUGUCAGGCUCUCUAAAGAACAGGUGUGCAGCUACAUCUGUGGCCCCUCCUUCCCCAUUUCAGUGCUGUUCUGGGCCUGGCUGGUACUCAGAGGCUGCAGCAUCCCAGGAUGGGGCAGGAUCCUGGGGUGGGGGUGGGGGUUCCCUGGAGUACGAGUAGCCUUUUUCCUUUAUUUAUUUAUUUAUUGGGUUGGUAGGGGUUAUUUGGCAGGAGGGUGAAUUCCCAUCCCUCAGUCCCCUAGAAAUGCUGCCCUGGUGAGCGGGGUGCCUGGUUUGAGGGGCCAGCAGAGGUAGUCAUCACUCAAGAUCUUCCCCAGAUUCCAGCCCAGAAGUCCACAGCCAACUGUUUACCAUGAAAUAGAUCUCCUUAAAAAGGGACUGAAUUAGAAGGCCUUCUGGCAAAUUGCGUCCAUUUUAUAGAAAAAGGCAACAGAACCCCUGCAGCACCCCAGACAGGUGGAUCCCCCAGAGUCAUAAAAUGCCCUUCCUUUUCGGGCUGGAGUGAGGUCCUCCUCAUUGGCUCAUAUACAUCAGGAGGCCCAGGAGCACCCCCCGCUUCCGUAAGAACAUAAGUUCUGGGCAGCCUGAGGGAGGGAAGCCCUGCUGGCCACGGCACUGGAAGGGCAGGGAGCCUGUUCCUAGGAAAAGCUCUCCACUCCCAGGAAGGAUGAGAAGGGAAGGGGAUAGGUCUCAGCAUCUCUGAAGUUCUUAUUCCCGAGUCUGGGGUGAGGGAGCCCCCCCCCCCCCAGCUUCUCUUAGGUUGUAGUCAUCUCAGCCCUGCAGGCCCUGUCCUGCUAGUCCAUGGGCUGGGGCCAGCUCACCCCCAAGCCUCCCAGCCCUCUGCCCCCUAAAAUGGCUUUUUUACACCCCUCAGAGACCGCUUUGCCAUAGGGCUGGCAGGGCAUGGGAUUCUAGACCUGGCCGCUGACCCGUUGCAUGGCCCUGGCUGGGUCACAGCCUCUCUGAGCCUCAGCUGCCGCCUCUGUAAAAUGAUUGUUUUGAGGGAGCAGACUUUCUGACUUUCGAGAGUUCUUUGGUGGUGGCUGCCAUGGGGUGGUGUGGUCAGGAUGCCAGGCCGCCCCUGUCUGUACCUGCCUUGCAGCGGGACUCUGGGGAGUCACAGUUCUCCCCAGUCACUGACCUCAUGGACCCCUUCUGCCGGCGUGGAGUGAGGCGGGCGGGCAGUGGCCCCAUCCCAUCUGGGGUCUCAUCUUGGAGGCAAGGCAAGUUCUUACACGCAGGGGCUGUGUGGCCUGAGGGUCAGGGAGAGGAAGCCAUCCGUCCCAUUGUCUCUGUUAGUACGAGGGUAGUUGCUGCCUCCUUGUGAACCUGGGUCACCGUGAUUGUGAAUAAAGGUGAUUUCGUACCAGCCUGAGAAUUGUGCUGUGCAGUGUGGGGGGCAGUCAACCACCAGAAAAGACCCAGGAGAGAACAGGGGAGGCGGCUGGAGGUUACCUGGAGCUUGGGCAGCAGGGCCAGGAUGCCAAGUGAGCUGAAAGGGAGAAGCCAUUGCCCUGCGGUGGCCUCAGGUUGCUGGGUCUGUGAGGCCUGCUCAGGCUACUAUUAGGGCUGAGCUGGGCCCACACCUGAUGUGCAACCUUUGUGGAGGAGCAACGCCACCUAGGGGCUAAAGGGAGGAUAGCGGGUCUCCCACUCAGACAACAGGGUGGGUCUAUCCCUCACCCCAGGCCCAGACGCGUGCCUCAGGCUGGAAGCUCAGUUGCACCACCGGCUCCCCCACUUCGGUGGGUGCAGGCAGCUAUAUAAAAUGGGUGGCAGAGCUGGGCAGAAAAGGGAGGCCUCUGGCUAAGGGCCUUUGGAAAGACCUAGGUGGAGCUGAGUACGUCUGGGUGGCUUCAGAAACUGGGGGUGGCGGAGGUGGUGCAGGUGCAGCGUGGGAAUUGAGCUCAUUUGGCAGACUGGACCUCCCGAGGCACAGGGAUGCCUGUCUUCCUGCCCUCUCUCCUGGGAGGAUGCUCAAGCUACCCAGCCUCCGCCUGGCCUUGAACAGCCAUAGGCCCCUCCCUACACCCAGACUGUCCAUCAAAAGGAGGGGAGGGUCAGGGGGCUCCAAGCUGAGGGGCCCUCUUGGCCCGCUGGGUGGGGUCUUUGGCCCCAAGUUCUGCAUCUCUCUCUCAAAGCCUUGGCCAUUGCCCAGAAAGCCUCCCGAAGGUGGGGAAGGGGAGGAGCUUCAGCACACUUCUUACCAGCAAGGGUGGGAACUUACCUGCUUCCCCCCACCCCUCCAGGGUCCUGAGAGGGCCUGAAAUCCGGCUGUUCAGGCCGCAUUUGAUAUAGGAUGGCUUUUGCCAUUCAGCUGCCUGGGUGUUCUGGUGGCAGGGAGAAGCAGAAGGUGAUUCUGUUCCGUUAAAAAGGCCAAAAACUUUAUUUAGUUUUCAAGGAAAUACAAGAUGCAUGUAAACAUAAACAAAAUACAAAACAACCCAAAUUUUACAGUCUAGAAGCAUGCCAAGACAGUUAUUUUCUGCAGACCAAAGAGUCCCGUCAAAAUGAUAAAGGACACCUGGAAAGUGGCAGGUCAAGGGGUGGGGUCUCUUCCCUAAGGACGCUGCGUGUUUGUGAUGAGAACAAUUAAAAAAAAAAACACAAUUAAAAAUCUUA